ACUUCAUUUCUUCAAUAGCAUGUCCUUGGAGGCAUUCCAUUACGAACCAACCAGACAUGGCCGAUUUUAUGGACGAUGAAAAUUACUUUAUAGCUCCCGCUGAAAACGAGCUUAAUGAAUACGACAUGCUGACGAAGGUGACUGAUACGUCGGCGGCUCAAGCGCGGAGAGGCAAGGACAUACAGGGGAUUCCGUGGGAGAGUUUGAAUAUAACGAGGGAGAGUUACAGAUUGACGAGGCUUCAGCAGUACAAGAAUUAUGAGAACGUUCCUUCAUCUGGUGAAGCUGUGGACAAGGAAUGCAAACAAACGCAAAAAAGUGGAAACUAUUAUGAGUUUUUUCAUAACACCAGAUUGGUUAAGCCUACUAUUCUUCAUUUCCAGCUCAGGAACUUGGUCUGGGCUACUUCGAAACAUGAUGUUUACCUCAUGUCCAAUUAUUCAGUCAUGCAUUGGUCAACAGUGUCUUCCAAUUUGUCGGAGAUUCUCAAUUUCGCAGGACAUAUAGCCCCUAAUGAGAAACAUGCGGGGAGUUUAUUAGAAGGUUUUACGCAAACGCAGAUAAGCACUCUGGCAGUGAAGGAUAAUUUUAUGGUUGCAGGCGGUUUCCAAGGAGAGCUAAUUUGCAAGCGCUUGGAUAAGCUUGGAGUAAGCUUUUGUACCCGGAUGACUUGUGAUGAUAAUUCCAUAACAAAUGCUGUUGAGAUAUAUGACAGUGCGAGGGGUGGGACCCAUUUAAUGGCAUCCAACAAUGACUCUGGUGUAAGAGAAUAUGAUAUGGCGAGAUUUCAGCUUUUAAAUCACUACCGUUUCCCUUGGCCAGUGAAUCAUACAUCAAUGAGUCCUGAUUGCAAGAUUUUUGUUGUUGUUGGAGAUCACAAAGAUGCAUUGCUUAUUGAUUCACAAAAUGGGAAGACUGUUGCCACAGUGGUUGGUCACCAGGAUUACUCUUUUGCAUCUUCAUGGCACCCAGAUGGACGCAUUUUUGCUACAGGGAAUCAGGAUAAGACCUGCCGAGUAUGGGAUAUAAGGAAGCUGUCUGUGCCAGUUGCAACUCUUAAAGGAAACUUAGGGGCCAUCCGAUCAGUUCGCUUCUCAUCGGAUGGACAGUUCAUGGUCGUUGCCGAACCUGCAGACUUUGUGCAUGUGUAUAGUACCAAGGGAGAUUUCAAAAUGCAGCAAGAGAUAGAUUUCUUCGGUGAGAUAUCGGGAGUAUCUCUUAGUCCAGAUGACGAGUCUUUAUUUAUAGGAAUAUGGGACAGGACUUAUGCUAGUUUACUUCAGUAUAAUAAGAGGCACACCUAUGGAUAUCUUGAUUCUUAUUUGUAAUUUUGAUGAUAUAAGCGGAUCCUCUCUUACUUUUACUUUUACCCGUCCUUUUUUUUUACAUCAUCCUUUGCUAUUUUGUAAGGCAGUUUGUUUGAAAUCAAAGUUGUUUGUAGAAAUAAGUUAAUUUUUUGUUAUAACUUUGAAUAUAUGGGUUAAUUACAUGUC